AAAUAAAAUUGACAACUACCACCAGUGUUUUCACUUACGAUUUUAGUUUACUUCUUAGAUCUAUCUAAGAAUUUUAUAACAAUCGGCAUUGCGAACAAAAUUGAAUAGAUAAAAUUAACACUUAGGCAAAUUUUUAUCCCGAUAACUUGCUCCCAAGAAAAAUAAAUAAUUUACUCCUUUAAAUAGCUGGUACCGGUAUCGUGCUGAUGUCGGUAUAAAUAAAUAAUGAUUUGAGGACUAUUGUAGUAGGUAAGGCUUUCCAUGCAGGCCUCUGAUGAAGGCGAAGCCGCAAGCAAUACCUAAUCUUUUAAAUAUAACUCUAAUGAUUAGUUUAGACAGGUUCAGUAGAGGUUUGAAAGUAAGAAAACUUGGUGCAUAAAAUGGCAGAAGAGUUGCAAAAAGUCCAUUUGUUCUAUGAUGAUAUUAAUAAAAUUAGGGUAUUGGAACCGAAAAUUUUAAAGGAAACGGAAGAUUUAAAAGAAUCCUCUAAGGAUUACGAAACAAAAGUGCAGGAUUUUGGGAAGAUAAUUGAGAAUUUGUUACAAGUUCUAAAAGAGCUCGGCGACAACGUUGAGACCAAAAAGAUGGCUGCCAUUGGAUCUAUGAACCUUCUAAAGUCUAUAGCUAAAGAAAGAGAAUCAGAAAAAUCUAAAUUACAAGCUGAAAUUCAAGACAAAACCAUGAUUCUGGAGCAACUAGACAGUGAAUACGACGCUCUGCAGAUAUUGGAAGCCACACAAAUGGAAACAAUUGAAUAUUUAACCCAAUUGCGAUAGUGUUAAAAAACAUAUUUGGCUGUAACAUUUUAAUUGUUCGCUACACUUAUAAAAUUAUGCUGAAAUAAAACAAUCGCACAGUCUGUAAAAAUGUAAUUUUCUUAGAAACACACAUGAAAUGAGAACAGUUCUUAUACUGAACCUGCAAAGUAGAAGUAUGGGGUUUCCUGCACAAUAUUUGUCCAUUUGCAAUAAGUUUAUACAAAUCACAAUAAACUUGGAAUAUGUAUCAUGA